AGGCAAGGGAAGGGCAGAGAGAGGGAAUCUGUCAUUCACUCUCAAUAAAGCCAAGCACAGAGAGAUACCUGGAGUCUAACUGAUGAAGUCUUUUUCUGCGUGUGCCUCUCCGCUACAGAGCUGACCAAGGCAUACGGCAACUGGGAUUUACUUUGGCUGCAGUGACAGAAGACUCUAACUCACCUUAACGGCAUACACAGAAAAACAAACAAUAUUUACACAGAUUUUUGAGCUACUCACCUCUUUUAACACUUUUUAAAGAGUAGUGCAAGCUCACACACAGGGGUCCUGCUGUUUUGCCUGGUGGACAGCCAGUAGUUUGCUGAGCCGGCGAUGUCGUGGGACUGUGGCCUGAGGUACAUGUUCUCUGUGUCCCCUGGGCUGCAGCAGGGGAGCAUGUGCAUCCUGCAUGACAAAGAGGACCUGUCCAGACUGGAGAUGGUCCAGAAACUGGCCAAGGAUGGGUGCCGCUUCCUGCAGAACCACAGCAAGGGCCCAGAGAGGACAAGCGAGCCCCAGAGUGACGAGGCAGUCCGUGUGUGUCUAAGGGAGAGGGGCCACGAUGUGCUGGUUCUCCAGAGAAUGUCGUCAGAGCAGCCAGCCCCCUCUGCAUCGGCGAGGGGAGGAGGGAGAGAGGAGGACUCUUCCACUGACUCUGUUGUGUCUGACAGGUACACAGUGGUAUCGGGAACCCCGGAGAAGAUCCUGGAGCACUUGCUGAAUGACCUGGCUCUGGACGACGACCAGGGGACAACACAGGUCAAAGAGUCAGAUACACUUCUGGAUGACUUUCUGCUGACAUACCCAGUGUUUAUGUCCACCAGUGAUUUAUGUCAAGCUCUGCUGGGACACUAUUGCACCAAGAGAUACAAAGGGAAAGAGGACAGGAAGGAGACUCUGGAGAGGAAACGAAAAGUCCUGCACCUGGUCUCACAGUGGAUGGCUCUCUGCAAAGAUUUCCUGAGGGAAGACGAGCAUGUCAAACUGUUCAUGAAGACUUUGUACCAUUACGUGUUGGAUGAUCUUUAUGAGCACCCAGCCCUGGAGAAGGAUGUGAGGGAACUGCAGAAACUGUACCAGCUGCAUCGCAGACAUACGGUGGACGACUAUUCCCCUCAAAGAAAGAGUAAAGCACUUUUCCACCAAUUGAGCCUGAAAGAGAACGGGCUCCAGUCCAGAGGAACACAGAGGGAAACCAAAGAAGUGCUGUGUCAUGUGUAUAUUACCAUGGACUCGUACCUAAGUAUGAGGGCCCAUGCCGGGGUAGUGGCCCAGGAGCUGCUGCAGGCAGCAGCAGAAAGGAUGGACGUCCCACAGGGGGAACUGGUCCUAGUGGCUGUCACUUACCCUGGAGGUAGGCACCUCCUGCAGCCUCAGGACAGAGUCUUCUCCGAUUCUUUACGGCCAGUGGGGAGGCUGCAUGUCUGCAGAAAGGACCUGGGUGGAGUCCUGAACCCAUUCACGGACAACUCUGAGCUGCAACAGAGGACGGCUCGCAUGCUCAGUUUGAACACAUGGGACGUGGCUGUUGCUCUCACCAACUUUGACUGGACCAUCUUUGACUCAAUACAUGAGCAAGAGCUCGUCUAUUUCACCUUCAGCCGCCACAGUAGCAGUGGCCACACUGUGGCGUUAGAGCUGCUGCUGCAGCGCUGCAAUGAAGUCCAGCUGUGGGUGAUGACUGAAGUCCUACUGUGCCCAACGCUCUGCAAAAGGGUCCAACUCAUCAAGAAGUUCAUCAAGAUUGCUGCCCACUGUAAAGCUCAGAGGAACCUCAACUGUUUCUUUGCAAUUAUAAUGGGACUGAACACUGCUGCCGUUGGCCGCCUCAGUCAAACAUGGGAGAAAAUUCCUGGGAAAUUCAAAAAGCUGUUUUCAGAGCUGGAGACAGUUACAGAUCCGUCGCUGAACCACAAGGCCUACAGGGACUCCUUCAAGAAGAUGAAGGCGCCAAAGAUCCCCUUUCUUCCUCUGCUACUGAAAGAUAUUACGUUCAUUCAUGAGGGCAACAAGACGUUUCAUGACAACCUGGUCAAUUUUGAAAAGCUGCACAUGAUAGCAGACACAGUGCGGCUCAUCCGGCAGUGUCAGAAAGAUCACAUGGGAAAUGGCAUCACUCAGAAGAGCAGCUCGGAUGUGCGAGCCUACAUCGAUUACCUUCAUAUCAUCGACAAUCAGCAGACUCUGUUUGAUCUGUCGCACAGACUGGAGCCCCGUGCUUAGAGAACGGCUCUUACUGCACUUCCCACUGUGUCAGCCAGGCCGUCGGAUUGCCAAGGAACAAUCUAUAUCCGAACUCAUCUAUCUCUCAGGACUCAGUUGGCAAUCAGGGGAACACUGCAUGACCCUGGCCGACCACAGGAGGGAGCCACUCAAUCAGGAAAACUCUCACGAGACACAGGAAUAAGCAGCAGAGGACACAUCUUAGGUUAAAUGCAUAAAUAUUUGCAUAGAUUCGCAACCGUCGCUGAUGCAGAACACCUGAAAGCGGGGCCAGCCGACAUAUUCCAACAGCUAGUGCCAGCAGUCAACUUGUGCUGCCUGUUGGCAAGAGAAACAAACACUAGCAGCAGAUUAGAGCUGAAGAUGAUGAUCAGCAUGACUCGAUCUGCGAGCCCAAACCUGCUGCUGCUGCUCUUGCUUCACUUCCCUACAGAUGGCAGAGUUUGGCAGGUGUAGAGCUGUUCUGAUAGUGGCCCAACAGCUCCCCCCUGUGGAGAAUCAGCAGAAUGAGUUUGUUUGCAGGUGAAGCGCCUUCCAUCGAAGAAACUACAGAACACAAGUGUGCAGUGUUUAACAUGGAAGUUCACUCUCAACCUUGAGAACAGUGUGUUUGACAAUAAAAGGGUCCACUAGCCUUCUCCAGAGCUUUUAACCACAUAAAUCAUGUCACAUAAAGUGAUUGAGAUCAUGAAACGCAGAUUAACUCAUGGUAAUCUUUUUGUAUUUUCACUGUGUUUAUAGCUCUGGCAGCAGAGGGGUUUUUCCAUCAGAUUUAACCAAAGAGUAUUUCAGUCCAAUACUGCGCACACAACCGUUUCCUCAGAGUCCGCCACGAUCCAGAUGUUCUCUUUGCCAGAUGUAGUACAUACAGUCACUCAUAAAUCAGUACAGUGUAUGCACAACAAGCUGAUGUCUUGCUAAACUGAAUCAAGAUGACAGAAAUAGUGAAAAUGAUUGUUAAAUAUAUAACAUUGCUGAUUCCUCUACCAUAACGUUUUAUUGUUUCACCAUAAAGUGCAGUGUAUUAGAUGAGACUUCAGAUGGUAUUAGAGCAGAGCAAUAGAAAAUGAUUCACAGUAUACUGUAUUUCUUUGGUGUGUGCGAGUUAUAAUGACGUAUGUUAGUGCCAAAUACCAUUGCCCACUGAAACUAAUGCUAAUUGCUCAUCUCUUUUUAAAAGUACUGGACUAAAGAUCUCUAUCUAGAUGAGCUGCGGACAAUCAGUUAAAUUAAGCAUCAGACUCAUACCGAUACAUCUCUGUAUUGGUCUUUAAAGUUCAGGUUGAAACACAACACAGUGCGUUAUUCCUUGUGCUGGAGGAUCAGCCAUCCAGAUAGUUUAGCUUUGAUUUAAUGAAGGUUGGACAUAUUGGCUUCAGCUUUAUGGUACUCAGAGUACCAGAAAAUGAGCAUUUCAAAAACAAUUACAUGGUGACUCACAACAACACAACAGUGAACUUCAACUGAUCUCCUUUAUCCUUAGUAAACAUAUGGAUAGAUAUCGUGUUUUUGAACUGUCCCUGUAAGAAAAGAGCAAUAGCAAAAUCAAGUACUACAGCACCUUCUGGACAAAGAGGAAGAAAAAUAGAAGCCAUUUGCUUAUGUACAGUGUGUAGUAACACUACUGUAUACAACUGUUUAGUGUGUAAGUCAUAGAAGAUAGAAUAUUUAUUCUCUAAAUUGGUCUACUGAAAAUUCUCACCUUUACCCGGAGGUUAGGUCAUUUUAAGUAGACAUUGUGAAGUGUUGUAGAUACAAUUUUGCAUUAUAUUCUUGAAAUUUUAUUUAUAUAUUUUGGAUUUUAAAGGCCACAGAGAACAUGGAGAUUACAUGCUUUAUCUUAUUUUAAAUUUCAUUUGUAUCAACGAUGUAUAGUGGAUUUUGUUUAUACUGUGUGUAUAUAUAUAUAUAUAUAUAUGUUAAAAUUCUGGAUAAGAUAUUUAUUUAUUUCAGAAUUAUUUAUUUGUUCUAUAGAUCUUCAGUUCGAUUUCAUGUUUGUUUUUGUACACACUGAUUUGGCUGGUCUGCAUGAUAUGGCAAGCCAUGGACUGACCACCAGUGUCAACUGUGCAUGAAAUAAAAUAUUUUUCAUCA